CUGGCUGGGCGAAUUUGACGUUUCCCAGCUGUAUAGAGUCGCGAGUUUGUUGUUUAUUACCUGUGAAAAACCUGUAGAGAAUAAUAAUCGGAUCAAAAUAAUAAUAUUGAGAUUGGCCCUUGGCUCAACUAAAAUACAUCAUGUCCAAAUCAAGCGCAGCACGCUGGGUAAAGUUUUUUAAUGCCGCUGGAAUACCAUCGCCCGCAGCAGCCGGAUAUGCGCACAUCUUUGUGGAAAAUCGCAUACAAGAUGAUAUGCUCUUGGACUUGAAUAAGGAAUAUUUACGGGAGAUGGGAAUAACGCUGAUGGGCGAUAUAAUAGCCAUAUUGCGGCAUUCAAAGAGCGUUAGUGAUCAACUGGCCAGGGAUCAAGUGCUAACGCCGGAGGUGAAUAACACUUCGAAAUCUCCUCCAGGGAGAAAUAAGGUCAAAUCGGUGGCAGCUUCAGCAGUCCCGACCCACAAAUCAACAACAACAACAACAACGGUCUUGCCACCAACCAAACCGGCCAGACGUGUCCUGCCCGAACAUGAGGGUAAAUAUAAGGUAACCCUGCCAUCAGGGACAACCGAAAGAAGCAAACAAAUCCUGGCCAAGCGUGAGAAACUGUAUUCGGAUCGCGUGAGUAGCUCCAAAAAGACGGAUAUAUUCUCACGUCUGCAAAAAACUGUCAUUAGUGAAGAUGAAUCCCAAGAGGGCAUUGUAUCCAGUUCAGUGGUUCACAGUAGCUCGACCAGCGGCGGUGGCGUCGUUAAGAAAGUAGCAGCCACUUCGAGUAAUAACUCGGUCUUUGCUCGCCUUGGGGGUAAAACCACAAAUAUUGAACAACAAUCCCUAACUAAAGAGAUCAAGUCCAUAUUGAAGAACACCCAAAAGUCAAGCGGUGUUGUCGGGGCUAAUGCAAGAGGGGCUACAAAGAAUUCUCCUAUUAUUAAGGCCAAAAAUAUUGCACAAAAGGUAAUGCUUGUCCAUAAGGUUCCUUUGAAACGCGGCGACGAUGACAGCGACGAGGAUGAGAGUAAUGGCAGUGCAGAUGAUCGGAAUUUCUUUGAUAAUGAUGGCGAGUCUGAUUAUAGUGAUGCGGAUGUCGAUAUGCAUUCAACGCCGACUGAAAAAAUUGUUAAAUUCGCCUCCACAGCAGAGGUGAGAGAAAUUGCCCCAGAGAUUACCUGGAAAACGCGAGAGAACAAGAACUUUGCCCACAAUAUUAAAGCCCGCUUGGGCAAAGUUUCAAAACUUCAUGCCACGCGAAAGACAUACAACAUGAAGGCAUCAACAUCGCAGAAAAAUCAUCCAGUUAAUCGUCUAAGUCCGGUCAAGGGCAAGGCAAUCCGCCUACGCAGCGAUGAAUUCUUGACCCGUCAGGAUACUCUGCCCGUCCACAAGAGAUUGGGCAGCACGCCUGCCCCCGGUGGCGGCUUCGCCAAAGUUUCUGCACCGCGUGAACCGCAAAAGAAAUUCAUGGCACCCCGACGACACAAUAGCAUGAAUGCUGGUUCUAAUCGUAAGCCACGCGAUCAAUCGGGCUCUGUUUUUGAUCGUCUGGGAUUUAAUAAUUCAAUGUAACUUAGUCCAAAAUAUGUUGCCUAAAAGUGAACUCGUAAAAAUAAUAGUUUUUCUUUAAGUUAAUAUUAAAAAGCAAGUUUUAGUUUGACCUUACACUUAUAUAUUUACAAUUCGGAACAAUACAAAUUAAAGCAAUUCAUUUCAAAUAUCAAA